AUGGGUAACGAGGCAGAGGAAACUCUCAUUGGAAAAAUAGAUGACAGCGAUGCUGAUGUUCGCAAAACUGGCCAAGAAAUGGAUAUAAUAAGACAAAGGACUAUCGCAUAUGAAUACCUUUGUCGACUAGAAGAGGCCAAAACUUGGCUGGAAGCAUGUUUAAAGGAAAAACUUCCCGACCCCAUAGAGUUUGAAGAAUGUUUACGCAAUGGAGUUUAUUUAGCAAAAUUAGGAAACUUCAUAUCGCCUGAAUUACUUCCACUAAACAAAAUUUAUGAUAUUGACCAAAGACGAUAUAAGGUGAUGGGUUUACAAUUUAAACACACUGAUAACAUUAACAAAUUUUUGCAAAUCUUGAAGAAAACCGAACUGCCAGUGACUUUUCAACCAGAAACAACUGAUAUUUAUGACAAAAAAAAUAUGCCUAGAGUGGUAUAUUGUAUUCAUGCGCUCAGUUCCCAUUUAUUUAAGUUAGGAAAAGCUCCACUUAUUCGUGACGUGUUUGGAAAAGCUGUGUUUACAGAUGAACAACUAGAUUCGGUUUCAAAGGAUUUACAGAAAUGUCGGCAUCCACUUCCAAAGUUUCAAAAAAUUGGAGAUUUCUAUUGCGAUGUUGUAAAAGAAAUUGUAGAAUGUAGCAAAGACGUUGAUGUGGAAAGCAUAGCAAACUGGCACAAAAUAUUCCAAAACAUUAUCAACGAAGGAAAUAGAAAAUCAUUAGAACACAAAGAUCAUAAGAAGGCUAUUGGAGUUGUCAAUAAUGCAUUAGACGUAGGUAAUCCUGAUGAUCUGUAUACCGCAUUGAAAGAUCCUAAACUAGGUUUAAAUCUGAAAAUUGACAAGUUUUCAAUGCCCCUGCUAUAUGAGGAGAUGAGGUUAGAGAAAUGCGAACUGGAAAGGAAUCUCAACGAGAACGAAAUCGCCGCCUCCGUGUCGUACUUGUCUUCGAUCGCUUGCAUUUCUCGAGCCGUCGAAAGAGGCGAAGAGGCCGCCGUUUGGAAUUCUCUCAACUCGCAUCAGAUUAACCUGGAAGGUUUGCGACCGCAUUGCCGGCGUCGUUAUUUCUCUGCACUCGUGACCGCGUUGCAAGUCAAGAUCAAGGAACAGUUCGAGUGCCCCUUGCUAACACUUGACGAUAUCCGCGACGCCAUCGAAAUGGUGAACAUGAAGGAUGACGAUAAUGAGGAACUGGUAGUUCUAAUUGACAGUAUAAAUAAAGCGGUUACUGGUGAAGAUACAGUGACAUUAAUCGCCUUAUUAAAGAAUCCAAUCUUAAAAUUGCCAGUAUCUUUGCAUAAAGAAGAAUUUCCUCUUUGCAUGCGUGUAUUAAAGAAAAGCUCACACCAGAAAGAAUCUCAAAAUCUCUGGUACGAAGAUAUCGUGCAGGCAAUCAAUGAAGCAUGGUGGAGGCGGGUUUUGGUUCAAAAGAAGUACGCAACUCUAAUAAAAAUGAAAACAAUUGAGUCUCAGCUGAAACAAGAAAGGAAGCGCAAUCCUUGGGCAUGGUAUAAAGUGCAGGAACAAAAAAUCAUCAAAAUACAGGCUCUUUGGCGAGGUCGCCGAGCCCGGCAAGCGUUCGUAUCAUUAUUCCACUCACCUAAUCCCCCGUUGAAAAUUGUGAAAAAAUUCAUUCCUGUACUAGAUUUCGCAACCGAAGACUACGAUAGAGAAAUUGAGCUGCAAACGUUGAAGUCGGAGGUCGUGCAGUCGAUACGGAAAAAUCAGGAGUUGUCGAAGCAGAUAGACGAUAUGGAUUUGAAAAUAGGACUACUGGUACAGAACCGUAUCGCCCUUCAGGAGGUAGCCGCCCACGGCUUGAAGCUGAACAACCUAGUGAAACAUAACUCGAUGACAAAACUAGUAUUUCAAAACCGCGAAGGGAAAGGUUCCCUUAUGACAGUGUCAACGGCCGUGAAAGGUUUGAAAUCGCUCACCAAAGAGUGCAAGAGAUUGCUCGAUGGCUAUCAGCACUUGUUCUACGAGCUACAAACCAACCCCACGUACUUGUCGAAACUAUUGUUUUGCAUACCACAGAAUAAGACGAAUUUCUUCCUUCAGAACGUAGUCCUGAGCCUUUAUAACUUCGGUGCUUACGCAAGAGAUGAAUAUUUACUGUUAAAAUUGUUUCGAUUCACAUUGGAGGAGGAAAUAAGUUGCAAAAUUACAAAACCGUUUGACAUUAUAGCGUCGACGCCAUUAGUGCUUAAAAUGGCCGUAAGCCUCUCACGACAGCUGUCGGGGCUUAACAGCCUCCAAAGUAUCAUCGGCCCUCUCGUAGAAAUGAUGCUAAAGGAUAAAGACAUGAAUAUAGAGACGGGUCCUGUCGAAAUUUACAAGGCUUGGAGAAACGAAACUGAAAUGAAAACCGGCCAAAUUUCAAAGCUGCCAUACACUGUUACACAGGAGGAGGCCUUAACUUACCCAGAAGUAAAAUCGAGACUACAAAUAGCGCUGACGCAACUUAAAAGCGUUGUCACCAUGUUUUUAGACAAAAUCAUUAAUUCGACUGAAUUGAUUCCGUUUUGUAUUACUUACAUGGCUCGGGUGUUGCAUAGAUCGUUGACGUCCAAAUUUCCUCACACCCCAGAGAAAGACAUACUGAAGGUCAUUGGGAAUCUGGUUUAUUACCAAUUUUUAAAUGCAGCCAUAGUAGCGCCUGAUGCAUUUCACAUUAUAAACAUGCCAAACGGCGCAGGACUGACGACGGAUCAAAGAAAAAAUCUCGCAUCGGUUGCGAAAAUUUUACAUUUUUCAGCGGCGAAGAAAGGGUUCGGGGAAGAAUCAAGCCAUCUACGCUGUCUGAAUCCGUUUAUUGUGGAAUGUCACGAAAAAAUGAAGGAAUUGUUUCGGCGCUGUUGCCGGGGACCGACUCUUGAAGAAUACUUUGCUGUUGACGAGUACACGGAAGCGACCCUUCUUCAUCAUCCUCAUAUAUACAUAACAGUUCAGGAAAUCGUGGACACUCAUGCUCUACUAGUGGAAUAUCAAGAUAUUUUAGCACCCGAUCCCAAUGAUCGCCUUAACGACUUAUUGGACGAACUAGGUGAUGUGCCCACGGUAGCACAGCUUGCGUCUCGAGAUCUUGAUUGUCAAGCGGCAGAUGCAGAGGAGAACGCAAGGUUGGAAGUAUGUUUGGCACUCGUAAAUAAAUUUCAAGCGCCUACUGACGACAUGACGGACCUUAAUAAAUUAUUCAUCAAGACAAAGGAACUUUGUGUGGCAAUUAUUCCAUUUCUCGAUGGUGAACACCUCUUAGAAGCCCUCUGUAUCGGUACCACCAAGGAACAACAGGAGCUGUACAGCGAGAAAGUACAGAAACGUAUAUAUUCCGGUCAAGCCAGGCCAGACGAAGCUAUGACUUUACGCGAACACAUCGCGAAGCUGCGACGAAAUCUCCAAAUGCUGGAGGACGAGGGUUACGUGACCCGAGAGGAUGGUUACCAGGCGUUGGUAACAUCGAUAGCUCUUGACUUGUGCAACAAAGGCAAAUAUAGACAGGCACAAAGGAGAGCUUUAGCAACCCUGACAAGGACUAAACAGAGUCUAAUAGAAAAAACGAAGUACUAUGAGGAAAAGUGUAAAUCGUAUGACCAAUACAUAAAGUCAUGUUUAGCUAAUCUUCACACAGGCAAAAAGAGUGUUCAUGCAUGCUUAAGAAGAUCUGAUCAUUAUGGUGUGUUCACAGUUAAGGGAAAGUUUAUGGGAGUGGAAAUGGAGUCAAUUGAUAUUGAUAUACAGGAUCUCUUACAAAAACAGUAUGAAGGCUGCGCCAUUAUAGACCUGUUUGCACAGUGCCACUGGCCAUCAUUACACGAAGCAAAUUGGCCCUUCAACCUUAAAACGUUAAUAAUUGCUGACACACAUUUACUUGGUCCUUACAGAGGUCAUUGGCUGGACAAAUGGAGACGAGAAUUUCAAAUGCACCAGGCUUUUCAAGCUAUCACAAUGUUACAUAAACCUGAUGUUGUCUUUGUUUUAGGAGAUCUAUUUGAUGAAGGUGAAUGGAGUAAUGAAACUCAAUUUCAAGAAUAUGUAUACCGUUUCUUCAAACUAUUUGCAUUACCAGAAAAUAUCAAGAUGUAUGUUGUAGCUGGGAAUCAUGAUAUUGGCUUCCAUAAUAAUAUUAAAAGAAAUUCAGCUCAUAGAUUCGCCAGGUUACUACAAGCACCCUCAGUACAGCACUUAAUACUAAAAGGCAAUCAUUUUGUACUCAUAAACUCAAUGGCAAUGCAUGGUGAUUCAUGCAAUCUUUGCAUUGAUGCUAGGAAGUCUAUUGACAAUAUUUCAGAUACAUUGAACUGUGCUGAAAAUCCCAACAAAUGUAAAAAUGAACUUGUUAAACUGAAUUAUUCACGACCAAUUAUAAUGCAGCAUUUUCCUCUAUAUCGAUUAUCGGAUGCAGUUUGCACAGAACCAGAUUCACCACCUCUGCCAGAGAGAAAUAAGAAGUUUCGUCUUAAAAUAGACUCAUUAUCCGAGGAAGCAACGAAGUAUUUGGUGACCAAGCUUAAACCUAGAGCAGUGUUUGGCGGGCACACGCAUCACGGAUGUUUACUUCAUCAUACUCAUGAAUACUUACAGAAUAAUGAUUUCUGGGAAUACUCAGUACCAUCCUUUUCAUGGAGAAACAGGCCUGAUCCAAAAUUUAUGUUGGUUUCCAUAUCACCGGAUACAUAUAGUGUUAAUAAAUGCAGAUUACCCAAGGAGAGCACUAUAGCUCUGUCAGCAUUGGUGAUGAUUAUUUGUUUUAUAAUUUUGGUAUCAAUGAGAAGAAAGAUAGGAAGAGGAAUAAAU